AGCGGGGUCCCAGGAGUAACUUUGGCAAACAAUUUAUCAACAACCAGGAGCACUCUGAUGGGAAGCAUUCAAACCGCUGAUGGCGGGCUCUCACCUGUAGCUACAGGUCUCAUUGCAACUGCAAGUAUCCUAUCUGCAGCCGGCUGUUUGGGUGGACUGAUCUUUGGCUUUCUAAAGAAGGAGAAGAAGGCGAAAAAGCAGCAGAGGAUAGAUCCAGAGGGCGAGAAAACCGAUACUUUUGGCAGUCAAACGGUCAGAGACAAUAACGGAAAUUCUCCAACAGAAAAUGGAAAUCCUAAACCAGAUGAAGGAACUCAUCCACCAGACGACGUAUCUCCUCCAAAAGAUGAUGGAAUUCCUUCAGUAGAUAACGGAACUCCCGACACAGCUAAUGGAUCUCCACCGGCUUCAACAGAUCGACCACAGACUGCACGUCCGGAUUAGGGAGUGUGUUGAUACAAUAAACAAAUGACUGGAUUUUUCUUCUAACUAUUUAAUCCUACUUACACAGUCAAACCUAUUUGAAAUACUGACAUCCAAAUUUUCGACAUGACCAGACAUUAUGUGUAACAGAUUUACUUUCAACUUCCAAGAACCAAUGUAAUAUUUUCUGAUAUUCAUUUUCACAACUGUUUUCUAACGAUAACUGUAUACAGGGAAUUUUUCGCCGCUGUUUAACUUUGGACUGUUUUGCCCUCCAUAAUUUCCAUUAAUAGCCAAUCCUCCUUGAUUGCCUGUUAUUUGUUUGGCAUUUUAUGAUGCAAUAUCCGCAAAUAAUUUGUCAAUAUUUGCCAUUACACGUUCCUACGUAAUUAUCAUAUGAAGUAUUUCAUUUGCAACAGCCACUAUAUAUUUCCUCGCUUCCGAAUAGUUAGAUAAAUCUAUUAUGAGUUGGUCAACAUUUUUAAGUAUCCAUUAUGAGAUACAUCAGUAAAUUGUUUCUUGCACAUUUGUAAUAACUUUUAAAUCAAAA